UGAAUCAAAUAAUCAGAUGAAAUAAAAACUAAAGAAUCUUCAGUAUACAACUUUUGAAUUUUUGAACAUUUUCUUCAAAAAUUUCUAAAAAAAUGAAUAAUAUAGCGGCCGGUAUUGCUAGAAAUCACAAAGGGGGAGGGGUUCUUUAAUCAAUCAAUCAAUAGCGAUGCUUUUAUUUCAAAAACUCAUACCUUCCUACUUUCAUGUUUCUAAAAUAAACAAAUUGUUAAAUUAUGGCUCAUCCCGUUGUGCCUGCAGGAUCUGAAAGAACUCUGUUUCUUGGGCCCCGUAUACCUAACUAUGUUAAAUCCUUGGGAAAAAAUUUAAACAACGUUAAAAAGCCAGUCUUUCGUCAAAUGAUUAAAUUAGCAUUACUAGAUUUUGAAGGUAGAGGUGUUAAUCCAGAAAUGUAUACAGCUAUAAAGAAAGCCACUCAAGAUACUUGCAAUGUUGAUGUUGUUUAUGGUGCUCUAUAUGCUUUGCUGAAAUGUGCACUUAAUUUACCUGAAGCUUCAUUAAAACAGGAUAUUUUUAAAGAAGAUCUUCACGAACUUGGAAUCGGUGAGGACUAUAUAGAAGAUCUUACUAAUGUGGUAUAUGGACAAAGACGUACAUCUAUUAUAGCCAAUUUCAAUAAUAUUGCACCUCAUCUUCCUAAACUGAAACAUUUUAAAUGGAGAAUUGAUGUAGCCAUUUCAACUAGCACUCUGAACAGAGUUCUUGAACCAGCAAUUGUGAUGGAGGUUCAGUUAAGUGAUGGUAGAAGAGAAACUUUUGAGGUUCACCCCUCCCAGUUUCAUCGUUUACGAUUUGCUGUAGCUACUCUUCUUAAAGAAAUGGAAAAUUUAGAAAUGAAAAGCAUUUUAAAGAACUAAAUACCAUUUUUUAUAAUGACCUUUAUUAUGUUUUGUAUAAUAUUUUGUGAAGGGAAAAAAAGAA